AUGUCGAACCCCGACCUGGACCGCAAUUCGCUGCUGGGCGGUCGAACUAUUCAGUUCAACGCCUCGGCAUCUUCGCCUCGCUACUCGGAUUCGCCCUCUCCGGCAGCUGCCCUCGAUUCUCAGCUUCCACACCACCAUAACUCGGUUCCCCACUAUCACCAGAGCUGGCACCGCGAGCUAUUCGAUGUUGGCAUCUUCAAAGAUACCAUCUUUCCUAGUCUAUCCCUUCAUGGAUCUCUUGCCCUGGUCGCAUACGGCGUUGGCCGUGCUACAAACACCGUAGAGGUUAAGAAUUGGCUGUGGCCUACGGCGCCCAUCGCCAAUGCUUGGUGGUCAGCCAUUGGCCGCAAGGUCCAGCGAGGUCUGACGCUGGGUCAGGCCCUAUCGCUGCUCUCACGUCCGGAACGUCUCCUGUUGACCGGUGUCACUCUCUGGGGUGGCAGACUUUUGUACCGCAUCUCCAGCCGCUCUAUUAGGCGCCGCAAAGCCGGCAAGGGUACGGAUGAUACCCGAUGGGAGGAUGCCAAGAAGGAUCCUGACUUUUGGAAUCGGGCUAUUUUCACCAUAUUCCUCCCCGAGGCCCUGAUCCAGACUAUCAUCACACUCCCCUUUACGGCCCCAUACCAUCACCAGGGCAAGGUCCUGAGCGGCUACCAUCCUUUGGUCCAGAGCAUCGCCGUCGGCCUCUUCUCCGCCGGCUUGGCCCUGGAGAUCCUGGCGGAUACGCAGCUCUCGGCAUACAAGGAGACGGCCAACGACGAGCGCGCCGUGUGCAAGGAAGGUGUCUGGUCGCUCGUGCGCCACCCCAACUACCUGGGCGAUGCCCUCAUCCACUUUUCCUUCCCAGUCCUGCUCUACGGCUCGGACCUGCUGGCGCCCAUUGAGAUUCUCGGCAGUAUCGCAAACUACUUCUUCCUCCGCCACGUCGGCGGCGACAAGCAGACCGAGGCCCACCAGCACCGCCGCUACUCCCAGUCGAGUCUCGAAAAGCACGCCGACUUUGAGCGCUUCAAACAGAGCCACAACUCGUUUUGGCCCAAGGCCGACGUUCUGACCAAUAAGUGGUUGUGGAUCGUCUUGGGCACCGGCGCUGCAGUUGCCGCGGCUGAAGUGUCCAUUAAUCAGUUUGUUUAA